GACAAAGAUCAUGCCUGUCACACAUCACACAACAACACGAUUUGAGGCGUCACGUGACCGAUGUGGUCGCCUAACUUCACGAGAUUUGUUUGGGCUUAGCAAAAUAAAGCGAACGGAGGGAAUAAUGGAGGUGUAUAUCGGAUACUAUUAGCGCGGCCGACAGGGAUUUCAUACUGUAUGACAGAGAUAUCAGUUGAAAUCACCGAUAUGAGGUUUGGGAUAUGGGAGACAUUUCGACAGAAAUAUCGCCACGAGAGAGACCAAGGAAAAUUUGCGAGAACGUUCGCGAACUGCACGCUGUGCUGACAAAAGUACUCAACAACGAAGAUCGAACGUUUUUAAUUCAAUCACUAAACCAAUAUCAAAGAGAAAAGAAUGUCAACAAUCUUGUGGCAUCUCUCAAGUCAGUCCUCGAUACACCAAGAAAGAGAGAAGUAUACCCACUGUUACGGCAAAUUAUUCCCCAUCAUGACCAAGAAAUUUUCUGUAGACUUCGGGAGCACAGUUUCGAAGCCCGCCAACGUUCGAAGUCGCCCGGUCGAUCGCCGGUGAGUCUACGCAUAGGUCUACACAGGAUCCCCACCUCAUCGAGUCUUCCGCACAAUCUCCACGGGCACGCAUCGGAUUCAGGGAUAGAUCUUCCGAAUUUAACGCAAUACCCUUCCUCGCGGGACGUGAAGUAUCCCAUCAAGCGAAUAACCGUAAAGCGGCCUUCAAACGCUGGAUUUGGCUUUUGCAUUCGCGGAGGAGCCGAGCAUGGUGUUGGUUUGUAUGUGUCCUCCGUGGACGAUAACUCCGUUGCUGAAAGGGAAGGCCUUUUACCCGGAGAUCAUAUCUUUCAAGUUAAUGGGACCAAAUUUGACGGACUUACCAGGGUCCGAAAUUAACUUUUUAAGAUUAUUCAAACCAGCAAGAAGCUCAAUCCAAUUGUGCGCCCAGUAGGCCGUGUUCCAGUAAGCUUUGUUGCUGAGGCAACUUGCAAGUGGGUGGACAUGAGAGGUCAAAGAGCAUCACCACCCACUGGAGUGGACUCAAAUGGACGCAUCUUGACUGCUGAUGGCUUACAUAAAAGUGAUUUAAGACUACUAGGAGAUGACGAUGAAAGAAAGGUAAACAUAUUUGUAGAAGAUGGUGCAAAGCUAGUGCUGAUGAUUCGUGGUGGCUCUGAAUAUGGACUAGGAAUCUAUGUGGCAGGAGUAGACCCUGAUGGUAUGGCUGAGGAAGCAGGACUCAAGCUAACAGCCGAUAGUGCCUUGACGAGGUCAUUUGUCUGCAAACCUGUGCACAUUCUGUACAACUUACCUUGCUCAGAAGCCGCCAUUUUGCAACGAGUAACCACCCCUGCUCCCGGAUGAGACCAUUAUGCAUUGCGUGCCGGGCGCCAGAAUCGUGAAAAGUUGCAGUGAAGAAUGGUCCAGCGGGGAGGGGUACUCCCCUAUACGGGCUACAUAGGUAUGUGCAGCCCCAAAGGCCUGGUUUUUCAGCCAUUUUGGUCAUAAAUAGGGUAUCGAUUUUAGCCAUUUUUGUCAUACAUAGGGUAUGGUUUUUGCACUCUUAAAUUGAGUAUGUUUUUUAGAGGACGCUACUAUCGAUAAGAGCGAUCAGCAAAAACCUUUCACGAUGCCUUUAACAUUGGUCUGAACUGAGGAACUAUAAGUAUAAGGCAGGUCUGAAAUAGGGUAUUGAUUUAGGUUCAGG